UUUAUUUUGCUGUAAUCCUGUAAUGUCCAACUAUUUAAAAUUUUACAAUUAUUAUCAAUUUAAUCAAUUUUUUCAUGCAGUAUUAUAAAUGGAACAUUCAUUUAUGUGAUAUAGUACAAUUUUUAAAAACUCUUAAAAAUUUAAUUUUAAUUCACACGUUUACUUUAUUUAGAAAUAUUUAAUUUACUAUAUUUCUUAUUCACUUUAUCCGGCAAACAAAAUAAAGAAAAUUCAAGAAGUGUACUGAGAAUGGAAAUUCAGAAACAACAGCAUGAAAACGCGAAGCCUCAGAGAUGUGUAUAUAGCGAAAGGAAACUUCGUCGCUCCUUAAAAUACAGGCCCGAUAUACACAAACUAAUUUUAAAACUUAAACUAUGCUUGUCAAAGAAAAAUAUACUCAUUAAAAAGCUCAAAAAACAGCUCCUACAAACGACCAAUGAGAAACCAGAACACACACUGAAAACCUGUGAAGUAUCCACUCAAACUGAUAAACAUGAAGAAAAUGGACAGCAAAACAAUAUUUCUACUGACAAUACUAAGUCCAAUUCCAACAAAGAAAGUGAAACAAAAGAUUCAGGUUGGGAGUUAAAUGAAGCUGAUGGUCAAAAAAGUAUAGCAGAUCAGGUGAAAGAAGUUGCCCAGUCUGCUAUGCAAGAAUCGGGGAUGGUGUAUGUAGAAUCUGCUGGAAUGUAUUAUGAUUAUAAGACUGGAUAUUACUAUAAUCCAGAACUUGGACUAUAUUAUCACACAGACACUGGCUGCUAUUAUUAUUAUUCAGAAGAAAAGAAGUCAUUUGUGUUUCACUCCUAUCCAGAUAGAAGCGCUGAAGUUCCUGUCCAGAAAGAACACAAGAAAUCUAAGAAAAAUAAAAGGGACAGCAAAUCCGAUGAUAUAGAAAACCUGACGAAAAAUCUCUCUCAGGAUGAGGAACCGAAACAGAAACGGAGGAAAAAAGAUCGAAAGAAAGAAGAAAUUGAUGAAAAUACUGAUUCAAAAUCUGAUAAAGAGGGUGUUAAUGAAAACGAUGAAGUUGUUGAAAAAACUGAGUUAGAAGAUGGGGAGUGCAGUGAGUCUAGUGAAUCGGAGAGUGAUGACGAUGGCAAUAGUACAGCUACAGCAUCUGAUGAUGAAUCAGUAGCAAAACAUCACCCGCCGUGCAUGCGAAUCAUAGUGCGAGAGACGACGUUACCGAAGUUAAAAGUCGGUAGUCUGUUCCUUAUCACUAAAGAUGGCGGCACUAUAGGCAGGGAGGGGGAUCAUCAUGCUGUUGUGUUACGGGAUCAAAAUGUAUCGAGGAAUCACUUAGAUAUAAAAUACGACAUGAAUAAGCAAAUAUAUGCGGCUGUGGACCUUGGCUCGAAGAAUGGAUCAGUUUUGAACGGAGUUAGAAUGUCGCAAAGUCAAGAAACAAGUGAACCAAUGGAGAUAGUACACGGCAGUACACUACAGUUGGGAGAAACCAAACUGCUUUGUCACAUACACCCCGGCACAGAUACUUGUGGUCACUGUGAGCCUGGACUUAUUAUGGAAACCCAAGAGAAAGAGAAAGUAGCGUACACACGAACAUGCAGUGUCAAAAAGCAACACGAGCUCGAAUUGGCGCGACUAAAGAACAAAUACGCGCCAAAAUUGUUGGAAAUUGAUGAAAUCUCUUACAAGGAUAGAGCUCAAGCGAGAAGGGAUAAAGUGGGGUCUUCCCAUCACGCUGAGAAGACGCAGAGCACUGAUAUUAAUACGUUCAUAGCGCCAGAAAACAAGGGUUUCAAGCUAUUGGAGAAGAUGGGCUGGAACAAAGGGGAAGGUCUAGGAAAGGACAACCAAGGGGAGAGGGAACCGAUACCGCUCGUCAGCAACGAAGGUAAGGCAGGUCUCGGUACGGUACCAGUGCCCGAAACACCCAUAGGCAACCUCGGCUCUGCAACAUUACGACUUGCAGCUAGAACCAAAAUGUUGCGACCACCGGCUAAAGCGUUUCAGAACGAACCUGAUGAAGAUUCUGAAUAAUUAUUGUAUAGGUGCUAUUAAAUAAAUGUAAUUAUAAUAAAUAUAAUAUAAUGUAAUUGUAUUUUGGUUGGGACAUACCAGCUCGGACCUGACCUCGGACCAUACAUAUAACGCCUGUCCUUAAGUCUCACUAAAUCUUAAACAUGGAGAGUAGGCGGCGACUGCACUAGCUUAGCUUCUCUACUUUUUUAAGUGAUCCUGACUAAAGCUCCCGCCUACCUCUACACCAAACUCAAGUGGAUGGAUAACGGCAAUCGGUUAUAUGAAACACGGGCGUCUAUGUAUAAACUCUCAGUUCCCAGAAAUUGCACAGCGGUUUCAGGGGAAGCUUCACAUACAGCUCUACUAUCAAAUUAUAAUUUUAAUAAUUGUAAUAUUUUUUUACUUACAUUGCUUUAAGAAAAAAUAUUUUUGCAAGAAACUGAACUGUUAACGUUUUAUUAUUUUAAAUAUAGAAAUAGAUAAUUAAGACUUAUUUGCUUGAGAUAUAUUAUAAAUGUACAUAUUAUAUUUAAACUCAUAAGAUAUGUAUCUUUAUAGGCUAUUUAGUUAAAAUAAAAUUGUAUAUAGAAGUA